AUGGCGUUACCUGUCAUUUACUCAAACACAGAUGUUUUGGAGUUUGAAAAAAACAAAGAGGCCAGCAUGGAAUUCACUAUUUCAUCUGCUUCAAUUUUAGAAAUGAAACAUAACUUACCACUAUGUUUCACAAUAGAUCCGAUUUAUUCUACAAUUCAACCACCGUCAAAUGUUAUAAAAGUCACAUAUUAUCCCAACUCCCCCUUCCAUUUCAUGAUGACCAAUAGAACGAUGAAAAUCGAUUUUUCUGCUAAACCAGCUGGCUCUGAUAAUGUUGUGAUGCUUUCUGUGGUGGUUCUGGUGGCAGAUAAAAUAAUGCAAGAGCAAGAGGAAAUGGAAGAAGAGAAACAAAAAGUCAACUUAUAUGAGCAACUUGAAUGCAAGAUUUGUGCGCGAAAGUAUUCGGAAGACAUUGAAGACCUCACACCGAUAGUGCUGAAUUGUGGACAUACCAUAUGCUGGUCUUGUGUCAAAAGUCUUCAAGUAGAUAUCAAUCUUCCGGUUCAGUGUCCAUUUGACAGAACAUAUACUUAUGACUCCGCCAGAAAUCUUCCCAAAAACCGGGUCAUAAUCGAUAUGAUUUGUGACCUCAAACGCAUGGUACUCAGUCAAACGCAUGGUACGUGUGACGAUCCAUUACUCCCAUGUUAUGAGAACGAUCAACACGAAGCCACGAUUCAUUGUACAACAUGCAAAGAGGAUUUCUGUAACAAAUGCUUUGCUUCCACUCACUCUUCAAGAAUUUUAUCCGCUCAUCAAGCAGUUCCGGUUUUUGAAAAGCCAUUGGUUCCACCAAAUUGUACGAUUCAUCCAGAUCAUGAAGUUCGCUAUGUAUGCACUGACAUCAAAUGUCAAAUCAUGUCAAAACUAUUCUGUGAGGAGUGUAAAAUUGGUGAACACGUUAGUCACACGUUUGAGGGAGUGGAACAAUUAAUAGAGAAUAACGCGAAAGAUGUGGAAGACGCUGUGAAGAAAUUAAAAGAAGAAGAAGCGAAAAUGUUGAACUUGAAAAUGGAAAAAGUUAAAAAAGUUCUCAAAUCAUUCGAUAAAUAUGGAAAUGAAUAUGUUCUUUAUGUCAAUUCAAUCACGCAAUACUUUGAACAAAAAAAGGCAUCGGCUUUGAAGAAAUUUGAAGCUUUUGUGGACUCCGAGAGUGCAAAAACUGAACAGGGAAUGCUUAACAUUCAAACGCAUGGAGACUCAAUAGCAGCGUUGAGAAAAGAAUUGGAGAAAAUGUUGUGCAGAAGACAAGGAUUAUUCGAUGUGAAAGAUGAAAUUGAUCUUGCAGCAAAGAUGUCUAAUUUGGAAAACGAAGUGAACGAUGACUUCAAUUCCUUAUCCCACUUCUGCAUCUUAUAUGAAAUGGUGACAAAACCUACGCUCCAUCCAAUGUUCGCUAAGCGAGAACGAGCACCUAAACAAGAUGAUGGUGUAGUCGAAGGAAAAACGUCCCGUAAGCGAACACGAGUAGCUGAUGAUCAUGAGAUCGAAGAAAUAACACUCGAAUAA